AUGGUCCAACUUCACGACUCACUCCAGACCCGUAUCUUCUCCUUCUUGACUCGAGCAAUUCCUUUAUUAGAUGAGAGAACUGAUAGUGCGCGGGUUCAUGAGCUAUUCCCACAUGUAAACGAUUGUCUGGGCGAGUGUUUGAGAGCGGACGAGCUGAGAAAAGGUGAGAUUUAUGUGUUUUUUUAUUGAAGUUUAGGUUAUGCACCAUUGGAUGUGAGAUGGUGAAGGAAAACGACGAAUAUUUUAUUUUUAGCCUUGUUACUGCCGGAGAAUUUUGUGUUGUAUGGAAGGAUAGUCAAUACUCUACUUAAUCUGCUCGAAAAUGAAACGAUUGAUAAAAGUAUAAGGUGCGUUUGGUCUGUUUCAUCUUACACUACCUACUUAUUCCUAGUUUAAUAUAAAUUUCAAUGUUGCUCCGAAAAUUUUUACUAUCAUCUGAUAGAUUUUUUCUUAUCAGCUUGUUUACUAUCUGCUCUCUCUAUUUAGUUUAAAUUUUGUCCAAUUUAGAGCCCAAUGCGGAGAGAAACUCGUGGAUUUAUUCGAGCCCUUCGACGCUCUGGAAGAUCCGUUGGGAGCUUCGAUUUUAUUGCCCGGAGUAGUGAGCAAGUGUGUCCGGCUGAUCAAAAAACAUCCCACAGGCCAGUUCACAGUUCUCGCGUUGAGAGUAAGUCGAUUAUCGGACCGAGUUCGAAUUUUUUCUUAUUUUUUUUUCCAAUUUUAGGUGAUCAACAACGUUUCUCAGCUGGUUCUGAACAAUUCUUUGCUAGAACAGUUCGAAAAAACGCCAGAAAAGGAGAAUCCAUAUUCUGCGAAGUUUGGAUGCACUCGGAAUUUGGAGUUCUUCCAGAAACGCGGAGAGAAAUUGGCGGAAAGCGUAAGUGCCCAGCUCGGCAUGGAUAAUAUAAAUUUUAUCCUGCUGGUGGCUUUAUUUUUUGUGAAUUUGGUUUUUAGAUCAAAUUUGUUGUCUCCACAUUGGCUCGGAGUAAAAAUGAGCGGGAUCAGGAGGCAUUACUUGACCUUGUACUUGACAUCAAUAAGAGCUGCUCAAAAUGCUUGGAGAACACGGAUUUUGACGAAACAAAGUUUAGAUUGGCUUUGUUUUACAUGGAGAGUGAGUGGGAAAGGUAAUGGGAGAGAAAUUUUGUUGGUUCUGUUGAGUUUUGAUUUAAAUUUUGAUCUUUUGUCUACUACAAUAUAAUUUUUUUCAGAAUCCGAAUGAAAUCGCAAAAUUUGAUCUCACAAAUUAAAUCCAAGGACCCACAGAGCUUCCAGGUUCUCUGUAAAAGGUUUAUAGAGAGUUCUGUCGAUGGAAUUUUAAAGGAAUCGCUGAAAUCGGCAGAUCUUUUUGUUGUGGUAAGUAUUUUCCUCUUUUUAUUCGAUGUUUAGUUGGGAAAUACGAUGUCAUUACUCGAUUCAUCGAAUGCGAAGGCUAUUUUCAUCAAAGAACGCACGAAAAAAUCGAAUUUAUCAAGGAAACUUCGAUUGGUAUUGGUGAAGAACGUAAAAAUUGAUACAAAAAGAGUGGAAAUAAGUGAAACCAGUCAAACUUUUGGCACAUUUACAAGUUCUACUCCACUCUCCGGAUGUUUGGAUAGCAAAUGUCUCGGGAAAAUCGCUGAAUCAUUGGUCAAAAUUGGAUUUUUCAGAGUAGGUGUCAUGGAUAAUAUAAUUUUUGUCUAGAAAACCUUUGUCAGCCUCCGGAAUUAUGUUGAAGGGCAAGAUAAUGAAGUAAAAAGUAAAAUAGGAGCAUUUGUGGUAAUGAAUUACUUGGUCAAAAUGGCUUAUGAAACAAAUAAGAUCAAAUUGGACAAAAAUUUUGAAGAAUUUGUCAUAAACAAUGGAAAAAUGUGCCUGACGGAGCUCGAUCGAGUUGGAAACGUUGAUUUCAUGGUGGGAAAUCACAAACCAAUGGGUAAGAAUAUCAGUUUUGAACUUUUUUUGACAAAAAUUUGUCAUGGAUAAUAUAAUUUUUUUGAAAUUUUUGGUAUUUUCAGACUUCCAUAGUGAAAACACGUCAGAAUCAGUGUAUUGUUCCACAUUAUUGACCAUUCUCGGACACUCUUCAGCCUUGUUGAGCACGAAAACAUCAAGAUUUCACAAAUUUGCGGUCGAUUUGUUGUAUUGUCUGCUUAAAUUCAUGUCCUCGAUUAAUUUGACGGUCUCAACAGCGGCUAGACGCAGUUUGGAGACAUUGGCAAAGGUUUGUUGACGAUUUUGAAAUUUUUUUUAUAUUGUAGUAGGUAAAAUUUUUGAAUUUUUUUUGGUUUUUAGGUCCAAAACAUGACGAUUGAUCAAUUGAUAGCCGAGAAUGUGGACAAGGUUGUGUUCAAAGUGGCGGAACAAUGUCAAAAUUUGAAGAAAUUCCCAAAUUCCCCGUUUGUUUUGUCCGAAAUGCUCGAUCGAGGCUAUGGGCGCGAAAAAUUUGAACAAUUACGACUAAUAAUGCCGAGUUUGCUUCAAGGAAUUGAUCAGAAUGACAAUGUAAGUUGAGAUUUUGAUAUAAAUUUGAAAAAUUUUUUAAAAAUUUCAGUUGAAACUGAUCCCAUGCCUGAAAGCCAUGUUAUCCUUCCUAAAAUGCCUCCAUAAGUGGUUUGGCGAGCCGAAAAUGGAAAAAAUUGAAGUCUUGGAAAUUGAGACACACCCAGAUGAAGCUGAUUUGCAAGAAAAAGUUCAAGAUUCAGACGAGGAAUCAGAGGAGGAAGACGAUUUUUCCAAUGAGGAGCAAAGUUCAUGGAGAAGAUUGGAAAAAAUUCGAGAAAAGUUUGAAAAAGAACGAAUGAAAACGGAAAAGGAAGUGAUGGCCAUGGAGAAGAUAAGAGACGACGAAAGGGAUGCACCAUGGCCGGUGGACUGUGCUUACAGAGUUAUUAUGAAGUGAGGAAGAGAGUUUUAAGGGGAUUUUUAAUGAUUUUUGAGGUUUUUGGCGAUUUUUGUUGGGUUUUUUAAAGUUUUUUGGUGGAAUAAGGUAGACUGGGGUGUGAAAAUGUGUGGAGAGUUGGAUUGAAUGUAGCUUUUGGUGAUUUAUAGGGUAUUCUGGGAUCAAAAACCUUCAUCAUGACAUAUUUGAUGUCCCAAAAUUAUUUUUGCGAUUUUCGUGAGAUUUUCUUUGGAUUUUGGAAAUUUUUUUCUGGAAUAGGGUAGAUUAGAAUGUGAAAAGUAUGGAGGGUGGGAUUGAAUGGACUUUUUGGUAAUUUAUGGGGUAUUCUGGGAUCAAAAACCUUCAUCAUGACAUGCUUGAUGUCCCAAAAUUAUUUUUGAGAUUUUUUAAAAAUUUUGCUCAAUUUUUACAAAUCUUUUGAAGGAAUAAGGGAGAUUAGGGUGUGAAAAGCAAUAAUAAUAGGAAUAUUUAGAAUGUGGAGACAUUUAUGGUGUGUUUUGGGACCCAAAACGCUAUCAGUAUAAUCUUCCUUCGUUAGCAAACGUUUAAUUUUUGAAAGUUUCUUUAUAUUUUUGAAUGGUAAUUGGUGAACUAGAGUGCGAAAAGCUUCAUAGACGAAGGCUAAAUGGAUAAGAUAUUGUUUACGGCGUAUUUUAAAACUCAAAAAUCUUUUUCAAGGGAAAGUUAUCUACUCCAAGAUGAUUUUUUAAAAGUUUUUGAGUUUUCUUUCAAUUUUUUGAUGAAAAUUGGUAAAAUAGGAUGUGAAAAGACUCUGCAGAGGAUAGUGGGUAAAUUUUAGGUAAAUUGAUUUCGUAUUUCAGGACCCAACACCUUCAUCAUUGCGAGUUCGCCUACCCCAAACUGAUCCUCAUGGAGAUCCUCCAAACCGGCUUCCGAAUCAUGCGCCAUUGCCCGGACCAACUCCUCCCCAUGCUCCAUCAAAACUUUGUCCCAAUGAGCAUAUCCAUGCGUCGUGCCCUCCGGGAAAAGAAGCUUGAAACUUCGAAAGAGGAUUUUUUGAUUUUGGCCGCGGAACUCAAAACUUUGGAGGUGAUGACGGAGGUUGGCGAAACUUUUAUGCACCUCAAAAUACGCGAUGAUAUUGAAGAAGACCUUGAAAAGUUUAUGGUAAAAGUUUCGGACCGGUCCAUGAACACUGGAAUGGUUUAUGAACAAAGUUCUCUCUUCAAGCUCCAAAAAACGGCGAUUGAGUGGUAAGAAAUGGAUUUUUUGAGACUUUUUGAAUGGAUUACUUGCUUAAAUGUGGUCUAGUUUGAAAGCACAAAGUCUGUAGAUGAUAAUGAUAUCAAUUGCAGCUGGCCAUCUUACUGUAUCAACGCCAAAAUCGACCCAAAAAGGCUCCAGACCACCCUCAAGGUGUAUAUGAAAGAGAAACAGAAUAAAAACCUAAUUGAAGCCGCUAGAAUAGCGUUGCUGCGCAUUGAAAUGAUGAAUUGA